CGAGUUGUGAUCAAAAUUUGACCUCAGACUUACAAAUAUUGAUCUAUCUUUGUUAAACAUUUAAAACACAUUACUUUGUUUAAACACAGUGUGUGUAUGUGUGUGUGUGCGGAUAAACAGUUGUAAAACAAUGUCUUAACGUCUCCAUAAGUAGAUAUAGACAGUCAUCUAACAUCACACCUUCAUGUCUGUUCAAACUGUUAGUAUCUAGAAUUUUAUGAUUAGACGUAUUUUCAAAAUUAUGGUGUUUAGGAUUAGAGUUUAGUUGAACAACCCCGUCAAACUUAUUGCUUUGUCUUCUUUCUAAAAGUUGAGCGGCUUUGUUUGACCUACUAAAGUUGUCAGGUGACUGGACAGCUACGAAUUUAGGAUACGCAUUCCGCUGCAGACAACAGAGAUUGGAAACUUGUUAUGUUAAUUUCGAUUAUUUCCCUGAAGACGUUCGGAGCAGAUUGCCGAUUGGAAUUACUCAUUUUAAUAUCGCUGAGAUUUUACAAAUAUAAUUUUUUACAAAUGUCUACUUCUCACUCGGCACCCAAAUAUUAUAGAACUAUUCUGUCAAAUCUUGACUACAGUUCAUUUGAUUUAUUUUGUAAUCGAAUUAAAUUAACAAAGAAACAAUGUAAUUUGCAUAAUCAUCGUGUUUCUACUCUCCGUUGUCUGCAGCAGAAUGCGGGCAGCCUGUAUACGGCCAUAGGUCAUUUGAUCAGCUGAUGGA